GCAUCAUUCAAUCACUUCGUCUCUUACAAACAGUUCGAUUAAACAAACCAAGCUCAGAAAAUGGCAUUUAAGUUCAUUGUUUUGUUCAGCAUUUUGGCUGCUGCCAACGCUGGUCAUCUUACACCUGGAUACGUUAGCUACGAACCAACUGUUGGAGUUGCAAAGACCGUUGAAUAUGCUGCUCCAGUUGCCAAAACUAUCGAAUAUGCUGCCGCUCCAGUGACCAAAGCCAUUUAUCAACCAAGUCCAGUUUAUGCCAAGACACUUUUCCAACCUGAACCAUACAAUUACCAUGCCGAAGCUCAUGCAUAC